AAACAGAUAACAAUGUAAAAAAAGAAUGCGAUGUGCGGUGAUAUAGUUUUUUCGAACGUAUUCACAAAGCAAUUGAUUUUUUUCGUGAACAAGAAAAAUUGUGAUUUUUAAUUCGGUUUAUUUUGUAAAUAGAAACUAUAAUGUCAGAGGAACCCAGCCCGUAGACAGAGAAAGAAGACAUUAUAGAGCAGGAAGAAACAUCAGAAAAGGAAGACACAAUGACAGAUAAUGAAGAAAUGAUGUCUGAAAAUGAUUUAACUGAUAAUGAAGAAACUUCAGAAAAUGAGUUAUCAGAAAAGGAAGAUGCAACAGAGAAUAAUGAAGUAAAGUCAGAGAAGACCGUGUUAGAGAGGGAUGAAAUUACGAUAGAGAAGGAAGAUAUGAUGAGCAUGUUCGCCAGUGUGUGGGUGAAGGUCGAGGUGGAGGAGGAAGCGAGAGAGGAAGAGUUGCAGAUACAUGAAUGUCCAGAAAGACCAAAACGUAAGCACCGUUCAAAGAAACACCUAAAAAACCUGUUCUGCGACCAAUGUGACUACCGGACAGCCUACAAAAACUGCCUAGAACUUCAUAUACUCAGCCACAAACAGGGCAAGGGCUUCGCCUGCCAUGUCUGCGACUACAAGUCUAAAUACCCAACCGCCUUACAACGGCACAUCGCCAUCCGACACUAUGAGAUGAACGGAGACACCCCCAUGGACAACGGUAAGCCUCUACCCCUACACCAGUGCCCCGACUGUGACUACAAAACCUUCUACAAGUGGAACCUAAACAGCCACAAGCGGAAACAUAAGCUUAUCAAACAGUUUAAAUGCCCGUCCCCCGACUGCAACUUUGAAACUGCUUACAGACAUAACUACAUCAAGCAUAGCAAGGUCCAUAAGGAAUCUGUCGCUUUUAAAUGUGAUAAAUGCCCUUUUACCACCAGAUUUGAAGGGCAUAUCACUAGACAUUUAGCGAAAAUUCAUAACGAAGUCACAGAAAAGGCCAAUAAGUGCGAACUGUGCGAUUUCUCUACUAAAACUAGAUGGAGAUUGAAAAUACAUGUGAAUAGAAUGAAAAAGGAGCAAGCGUUGAAAUGUAGUUUUUGCGAAUUUGAAACUUUUUACACAUGCGCCUAUAAAAAACAUAAAGUAGACCAUUAUAAUGAAAUUUAUAUUAAUCCUAAACGCACCAAAAACACUUUAAGCUCAGAACAGCAAGAUAUUAAUGAAUCACAAGAUAAAAUUCAGGAGACACCAGAAAUUGACUUGACGUUCCAUAAUUAUAUACCGAAUGAACCGGAGAAUCAUAAUAAAUACAACUUAGAUCCGAAUUGCGUUGAUUGGAAUAACAUUCAAGUUUUAGAAACCGAUGAUAAGGAAAGGCCUUUUCAGUGUCAUAUGUGUGCAUAUACUUCAAAAUUUAAAGCGUCAGUACAAAGACAUUUCCAAAGACACCACACCGGAAGCCACAACAGACCGUACAAAUGUGUGAACUGCGAUUUUUCAACUAAAACUAAGGACCAAAUCGCUUUACACAAUAAAAGGAGCGUAUCCGACAUCCGACUUUUCUGUAACAUUUGCAAAUUUCAAACUUCAUACAAAUGUCAAUUCGUUAUGCACCAAAAAUGUCAUUACGCUUACAAAUGUACCGCUUGCAAUUAUUCUUGUAAACACAAGUAUGAGUUGCAGAGGCAUUACGGUAUAAUGCAUCUCGGGAAUGGUAUUAAAUGCAGAUUUUGCGAGUACAAAGCAUCUAGAAAGGAUAGCGUACUUUGUCAUGAAACUAUUCACACCGGGAUGAAGCCAUUUAAAUGUGAGUACUGUGAUUAUACAUCCAUAAGAAAAUCUCUGUUAGACAACCAUGUGAAGCGGUACCAUAGCGAUAUAAAGAAGGACAUAACUAUAGUAAGCGAGAGUAAAAUACAGAGUUUGAAGAUACCGCUGGUUCUACGGGAGUCCACAGAUUUAUGUAAGGAAAAUCAGGACCAUGGUGAACCAAAAGAAUAAAGGUUAUUUUUAUAAAAAUCGGACCAAGCUAACUCUGCACGGAAUUUGCAGACAGCAAAUUUAUAAAACUGAAAAUAUAGCGUUUAUUGUAAAUCGUAACACUGCUAGACCUACAGUUUGUUAUGGCAAAAACGGUGAAGAGUUAACUUAGACAGUCUCUUACCUUGGAUGAACAGUUAUAUUUUACCUUUUGACCACCACGACAAUUUAUAUAACAUAAAAUUAUAUACAGGUUUAGCGCAUAAUUGUUUUCCAUCGUAUUUUCUCGGAAACGUUCGUAUUUGUCAUGCUACUUCAGUCAACCUCAGUACUUUUUGUUCCGAGAAAAUACGGUGGAAAACAAUUAUGCACUAUAUGUGACAUUUUUAACCAAAAGGUACCACAUUGUCGCUUGUCAAAAAGGUUGAUUUUCAAUUGAAGCUAUAUGGAAAUAGCGCCUUAUUGACAACCGACAAUAAGUACCCUUUUGAUUGAGAAUGGCACAUAUGUAAUAGUAAACUUCGUAAGGUUAAUUUUAUACUGUAAUCUUUGUCUGUGGUAAUCGAAGGGAGACUAUUCACAAAAAAUAUGUUUUUAUUAAGUACUUCUAAUUGCCACAACUCUUUACAUUACAGUCGUGGUAAUUAGAUCAUCGACAUAUUUUGUGAGAAGAGCAGUCAAUUACCGCCAUUUUUGAUUUUGGCCAUGAUGCGCCAUAUUUUAUUCAUAUAAUUUUUAUAAUUAAGAAAUAACAAAUGUAUAAAUAAAUGCAUAUUUUUAACAAUAGAGUCCAGAGUAAAAAUCUUAAAUGGACAUUUGGGACUCAAAGCGCCAUACUAGUACCUACGAACUGUAUCAUACAUUCUAAAUAUUUGAGGAAUAGCUUAUUUACUGUUUUACGAGAAAUUUAUCGUUUUCUCUUGGACUUCAUUUAUUUAUAUUAUUUUAUUUAUUUUAUUGGUAUUAAGGAUAACAACAGCCGUAAAUAUAACUAAGACAUAAUUAUGCUUACAUAAAACAAGGCCAAUAACAGUCAUCCAUUGAGUUACAUUAUGUAACAAUUUAUGUAUUAUGUUUUUGUGUACAUUAUGUGUCAUUUUAAAUAGCUCAAAAAUACUAAGUCUAAUAUAGGUUUUAAAUAAAUCUCAAAAACUUGCCAAUACUAGGCGGAAAAAUAUCAUGGCAAUAAGGGUGGCGUUUUCCUUUUUUUCAUCCUGAGAUGCAUAGAUUUUGUUAAGUUGUUAAAUGGUGGUUAAAUAAACUUUUUUUUUACUUAUUGUUGUAGGAUGUUAUAAUAUGAAACAGCAAUGGGGUUGGCCCGCCGAAGUAUUUAGCAGAUGGCGCCAGCAUAGCUUGCCCAGUCAAUCCCUAGAAUUUUGUCACAUUUUUGUUUUUUAAUGGAUUUUUAUGACCUGGAUGCCAGCCCUUUAAGACAAAUCUCAUAGAAAAAGGGGCAAGCUAUGAUGGCGCCAUCUCUGCAAACCUUUGACAGUUGCCAACCUCAUUCUCAGAAAAUAUGUCUACACUUCUAAUUACCGUCACAUCUUCAUACAAUUUUCGUAUGUAGCCGUGGCGAUUAGACCGCAGACAUAAUUUUUAAAGACCCAUAUGUGAGAUAUAAAUGUAUUAAACGUAGUAUGUACCUAAAUAGUAAUUAUUGAUUGUGAAAUAGAUAUAUUUUUACAUUUAGGUAGUUUUGUUAUGCAUAGAUUGCAUAAGUUACAAGUGUUUACAAUAGAUCAGUUAUUUUCAGGACUAAACAUGUUUUGGAGCCUGAGUUGGUGUAUUUUAAUUUUUUUGUUGAAUCAUAAUUUUACCUCAGUGUAGUUUUUAGGCAGGCAUCUUACAACCAUAUGUGCAGAUAUAUUAAACAGAUAGUUAAACCCUUUUACCGCCAAUGACGUUUAAAGACGUCGAUGACAAAUAAUACUCUUGUUGCAACUCUGUUGUAUAUUUAUAUUUAUUCUUGCUCAGUUCCGGAUCUACUUCCAGCUUAGAUUUUAGCAAUGGAAUCUUUGACUUCAGUACACAUUGAGGUGAAAUUUGAGACGUGAUAAGACGUCUUUUGCGACAUAAGGGUUUAAUUGUCUAUUUUAAGCUAAAUACGUUUGUACUAUCUGUUUCUAAAAGGAAGACCUCUUACGUGUUAGAUACAGUAUAGUAAAAAUACCUAAAUUAUGUGAUAAUCUAACAAGGUUCCAUUUUCUUCCGAGAUCUGGUAUUUUGGGUAAUGGGUGGUCUAGUACGGAACCCAUAUACGUCUUCUCACGAGUUGGUAGGUAGCGUUAACCUUUUGGGCGCCAAUGACCGAUAUUCACGUAGCGUAGCGUAUUAAUCGGUCACAGAUCAACAUAGACCUACAUGUAUAUGUAUAAAGUUCAAUUUCAGUUUUGACACUUCGAUGACGUGCCGUCUGGAUGACUGCUUUUGUGUUUGACACAGCGUCGAAUAGGUUAAAGUAAUGGGCCUGCUAUAAAUGUUUUCAACAGUCUAAAUAUCAUAUAUUAAUGAUAAAUUGAUGU